AUGUUUCUCUUGCAGGUAAACGAUGCAGUUGGUCGUGAAUGGCCAUGGAUAUACUUUGUAACAUUAGUCAUUCUCGGCUCCUUUUUCGUUCUAAACUUAGUUUUGGGUGUUCUCUCUGGAGAAUUUUCAAAAGAAAGGGAAAAAGCGAAUGCUAGAGGAUUAUUCCAAAAAUUUAGAGAAAAACAACAAUUGGAGGAAGAUUUGAAAGGUUAUUUGGAUUGGAUAACUCAAGCAGAGGAUAUUGAACAAUUAAAUGAUGAUGAUGAACACGGGGGUGAUGAACAUUUGGUUGGGGGUGUUGGUGGUGGAAUUGGGGGUGAUUUGGAUGGGGAUGGGGUUUUGGAUGGUGAAGAGCAGGGAGUUGAAGAACAACAACGGUCUUCUGCCUUAAUAGUUCAAUGGCGUUUCCUUCAAAGGCUAAAUAGAAGGUGUCGGCGAGGAUGUAGGAGAAUGGUUAAAUCACAAAUGUUUUAUUGGCUAGUAAUUGUCUUAGUAUUUUUAAAUACUCUUGUUUUAACAUCCGAACAUUAUGGACAAGAACCCUGGUUAGAUCAUUUUCAAACUGGUGCAAAUUUAUUUUUUGUUAUUUUGUUUACAAUGGAAAUGUUGUUAAAAAUGUAUUCUCUUGGAUUGUUACAAGUGAGGGGGUUUUAA